GAAUAUGCUUGGCAAAAGUGUCGAGAAUGAUGGCGAACCGGGCCGGGCCGGGGCAGGGACCGCACCACAGCCGUUUCGAAUAUUCCAGCCCGUGCAACCGCCGUCCCGUCGAUGGCAGCUCUCAGUGCAACGACUCUCCUUGGCGUUGCUUGUCCUGCAGAAUUCGGUGCUUGUCAUGGUGCGGCCCCAAUUAGACCGGGAGAUCGGGAAGCCUGGGGAAGAUGGGACGAGCGGGUACGCUGACUCGACUGACUGACUGACCCACCCAACUCUCCAGAUUAUGCACCACUCCCGCAACAGGCCCACGGGGCCACAGCCCUUGUAUCUCUCUUCGACCGCGGUCUUGCUCGUCGAACUCAUCAAACUGCUGGCCAGUUUGGUGCUUGCAGCACUCGAUACAUGCCGGUCCCACCCCGAAGCUUCGGCAUACGCGGCGAUGCGGUACCUCUGGAGCUCGAUCUUUGGCUCUGACAGCUGGAAGCUCAUUGUGCCGGCCGCUCUGUAUACGCUGCAGAACUCGCUGGUGUAUGCCGCCAUCAGCAACCUGGAUGCUGUCACGUUCCAAGUCACAUACCAGCUGAAGAUCCUCACCACCGUCCUCUUCAGCGUUCUGUUACUUGGCAGGUCCAUCUCGCUGAGGCAGUGGCUGUCGCUGGUUCUCCUCGCCUUCGGGGUCGCCUUGGUGCAGGUCGCCGGCCAGCUCGGCGCUGACGACUGGAAAGCACGGCUGACCUCGCUCAUCCGAAGCGGGACGGUACCGACUUCCAAUGCGUUCCGGGGUCUCAUGGCCGUCGUGGCCGCCUCGCUCACAUCUGGCUUGACCUGCGUCUAUUUCGAGAAACUCGUGAAGGACUCGAUGACCUCGGUAUCGUUGUGGACCCGCAAUGUGCAGCUCUCUUUCUUCAGCUUGUUCCCCGCGCUCUUCAUCGGCGUGAUCUGGCAGGACGGGGCGGCCAUCGCCCAGGACGGCUUCUUUGUUGGGUACAACCCGACUGUUUGGACAACAAUCGUCCUGCAGGCCCUAGGUGGCUUGAUCGUGGCGGUUUGCAUUGCGUACGCGGACAAUGUGGCCAAGAACUUUGCUGCGAGCCUGAGCAUCGUCGUCAGCUAUGCGGCGACGACGGCCAUCUCCCGGAAGCCGGUGACGCUUCAGGCGACAGCAGGCGCGGCGGUCGUGCUGCUGGCCAUGUAUCUCUUCAAUGGCAGGCCAGCACCCCGGAUGGUGCUACUGCCGGUCAGUCAGCAGCGACACGAGUCAGAGAAGUCGAGGCCGUUGCUCUGCGAGCUGACCUCCAUACCACCGAUUAGAUAAUACGCACCUUUGACAGAUCCAAUGAAUAGUAAUGGUGGACAAUAUUCUUCGCCUGAUCUGAGUUCUUGUUCUCGGAUCGGUUGAGUAAACCGAGGUUCGAUCCAUGUCAUUUCUGUAUGUAUGUCCAAGGACAGCGUGGUUGUUCGAGGAAGGUACUGGGCGGGUGACAUGUAGAGCUGUGGCACAAUCACAACCGGACUACGAAGUACGAAAAUUCUUGUGGCUUCUCUGGCAUUACUACCUUCCCCUCCACUAGCUUUCUCACAUCUUCC